AUUCCGAAAUUGACGCUCAGAAAUAAACAAGACGACAGACAGCUUGGUUUUGGGAGACGUCCGCGGCGGGGAAGCGAAUCUGCAUGAUGGCUGAGGUGUCCCAAGAGGAGAGAAUCCAGGCCAUCUCUGAGAAAAGGAAGAAGCAGAUGGAGAUCGAGAGCAAGAGGAGGCAGCUGGAUGAUGACCGAAGGCAACUGCAGCAUCUCAAGUCGAAGGCACUGAGGGAGCGCUGGUUGUUAGACGGAGCUCCGGCGGAGGAGGAGACUCAGAAGCGUCUGCACGAGGACGAGGUGAAGACCAAACUUCUGGAGCAGGUCAUCCUCAGGCUGGAGCGAGACAUUGAAGAACUGGAGAACGAGGAGCCAGAAAACCAGGGUGUGGCCAAAGAAAAUGGAGGUGAAAAUGGAGUAGUGCAGACCUCAGGUCACACCCCCAAGAGAGAGGUGACAGGGAUAGAAGCCAAGCUGCUGGGUCCCAGUCCUGACCUGGCCAGUGAGGACAACCCCGUCACCCUGGUGUUCAUGGGCUACAAGACCGUGGAGGAGGAGCAGGAGAGCCGCACGGCCCUGGAGGGGGGGGACGGCAACGUGAAGGCCGAGUUGGUUGUGAUCGAGGAUGGAGAGGCGAAGGCCGGCGGAGAGGCGGCCGCCGACGAGCAGGCUCCGCCCAACGGCAGCAUGGCAGAGAAGGAGAAGGCCAACGGGGCCGGGGAGGAGGGAGAGAAGGAGAAGGAGAAGAAACAGACCUGCAAGUGUUGCACGGUCAUGUGAGAUGUGUGCAUGUAAAUGUGUGUGUGUGUGUGUGUGUAAAUGUGUGUGUGAGUGUGUGUGUGUGGAUGGGGACACACCUGCAUCUGUGUGAGUGUGUGUGUGUGGAUGGGUACAUACAUACUUGUACAUCUGUGCAGGCAUGUGUCUGUA